CCCCCAGCACUAAGCCCAGCCCAGCACCGAGACAACUUUGGCUGCGGCUGCUUCCCCCGGCAGUCCGGGCUACAUUCCUCCGGAGCGCCCGCUCAGGCCGGUUCUAACAUAGCCCUAAAACUUUACCAGUGAUUUCUGCCGAGGGCUGGAAGAGAAGAAGCGCUUCGGCUCCGAGGAGUCCCCGCAUCACCCCCCCAACCCCCCGGCCCGGUUCUCUCGGUUCUCCCGGGGCUAAGGGGGUGCCCCCCCCGGUUUGGACCGGACCCGCUCCGCCACCCCGAGCCCCCUUUUCUUUCCCGACCAUGGCAGCUCUGCCCGGGACGGUGCCUCGGAUGAUGCGCCCGGCUCCGGGGCAAAACUACCCUCGCACAGGCUUCCCCUUGGAAGUUUCCACCCCGUUGGGUCAGGGCAGGGUGAACCAGCUCGGUGGGGUUUUUAUCAACGGCCGACCGCUGCCCAACCACAUCCGUCAUAAAAUCGUGGAGAUGGCUCAUCACGGGAUCCGGCCCUGCGUGAUUUCCCGACAGUUGCGGGUCUCCCACGGUUGCGUCUCCAAAAUCCUCUGCAGGUAUCAAGAAACCGGCUCCAUCCGUCCCGGAGCCAUCGGAGGCAGCAAACCCAGGGUUGCGACUCCCGACGUGGAGAAGAAAAUCGAGGAAUACAAACGGGAAAACCCCGGGAUGUUUAGCUGGGAGAUCCGAGACCGGCUGCUGAAGGAUGGGCACUGCGACCGGAGCACCGUGCCCUCAGUGAGUUCGAUUAGCCGUGUGCUACGCAUCAAAUUCGGGAAGAAAGAAGAAGAGGAGGACUGCGACAAAAAGGAGGAAGAUGGAGAGAAGAAGGCCAAGCACAGCAUAGACGGCAUCCUGGGCGACAAAGGUAACAGGCUGGACGAAGGCUCCGACGUCGAAUCUGAACCAGACCUGCCUUUGAAGCGCAAGCAGCGCCGCAGUCGAACCACCUUCACUGCCGAGCAGCUGGAGGAGCUGGAGAAAGCCUUCGAGAGAACCCACUACCCAGACAUCUACACACGAGAGGAGCUCGCUCAGCGAACCAAGCUCACGGAGGCCCGAGUUCAGGUGUGGUUCAGCAACCGAAGGGCGAGAUGGCGCAAACAGGCGGGGGCGAACCAGCUUGCGGCUUUCAACCACCUGCUGCCCGGGGGCUUCCCGCCCACAGGGAUGCCGACUCUGCCCCCGUACCAGCUGCCGGACUCCACCUACCCAACCACCACCAUCUCCCAAGACGGCGGAAGCACCGUGCACAGGCCCCAGCCCCUGCCGCCGUCCACCAUGCACCAGGGAGGGCUCGCUGCCGCCGCCGCCGCCGACACCGGCUCUGCCUACGGGGCCCGGCACAGCUUCUCCAGCUACUCAGACAGCUUCAUGAACGCCGCAGCUCCUGCCAACCACAUGAAUCCUGUUAGCAAUGGCCUCUCUCCGCAGAAGCAGGGUGCCCAAAACAAGAUGCAGUGCUCCAGGUGGAACCUCACCAUAGCCUUGAACAAUCAGGUGAUGAGCAUCCUGAGCAACCCCAGUGGGGUUCCUCCUCAACCCCAGGCUGACUUCUCCAUCUCUCCCCUUCACGGUGGUUUGGACACCACCAACUCCAUCUCUGCCAGCUGCAGCCAGCGGAGCGACUCCAUCAAAUCCGUGGACAGCCUCCCGACUUCCCAGUCCUACUGUCCUCCCACCUACAGCACCACCAGUUACAGCGUGGACCCGGUGGCUGGCUACCAGUAUGGACAGUACGGACAAACCGCUGUUGAUUACUUGGCCAAGAACGUGAGUCUGUCUACACAGCGUAGGAUGAAGCUGGGAGAACAUUCAGCCGUUCUGGGCCUCCUACCAGUAGAGACGGGCCAAGCUUACUGAAGAGUCCGCCUGUGCCAACAACCCACUCCAGCAACUUGGUACCACUGGAGAAAACACCACCAGCCUUCCAGGGAUCCACCUGCACCCGGACCCUACUCCUUCCCGGUUCCCUUCCACCUCGCACCAACUUGAAGGAGAUGGGAAAGAUGGGGAGGGCUCUCCAAGUGUCCAGCUGCUCCCAGAGCACUCAUCUCAGAGGCAAGCUUGGCUUCUGGGACCUGACUUCUCCUCUGGCCAGAGACAAUGGGUUGGGUACAUUUAUUAACCCCAAAUUCAUGCCCUCCCUCUAACCUACCUGGCCGUGGCAUUUCGCCCACACUUAAGGACUUUCCAUUGAUCUAGGUAGUUGGCAUAGUGAAAGCCAAAUUGAUCUUUUUUCCUCUGUAAAAAAACCAUGUUUCGUUUUGUUUCUUUUUCUUUCCAUUGCUGUAAAUUUGGUGAAUGUUGUAUAGGAAGGAAUAACCAAGCUGAUCAUUAAUGGUGAUAUAAUUCGGGACCACAGAAGACCUAUGGACCAAA